ACACUAAUUCAGUUCACGCCUCUUAUCGGGACAAGCGUGUCCCACUAUUUCCGCGAAACACGCGUUACGAACAAACUUUUAUAAAAUUUUAAACUGAAUUAAAUCGUUUUUUAUUAUAUUUGAGUGAUAUGUCUGGAUUGUAAUCUUCGUGACGUUUUAUUUUAAAUAAACUAUAAUGGAAAGAAAAAGGAAGAGAGGAAUCCGUCCGUCUCUUUUGCGCGGUUUGAGUACCGACUCUCCUGACCCAGCGGGCUACGAACUCGACAGGAGCCGGCGUGCGUCACUCAGCGCUGAGCAACGACGACGCCUGAGCUUGCUCAGGACAUCGAGCAUCCCCACUUCGCUGACUCCGGUGAGCCACAUUUACCAUUUGGUACCCUGCCCGAGAAAAUGUUGCCAUCAGAAAUACGUUGUCAGUACAGAUCGCAGUGGUGAUAUUCAUGUCCACGUUCAGGGUGAUUUGAGCCAGCAGGACAAGAGAUGCGUCUUUUUAACUGUUCACGAUCUCGGCACCAAUCAUACUUCCAUGGUGGAUUUCAUAAACCACCCGGCUAUGGCCGAGAUCAAGGAGCGGUCCUGUUUUAUACACGUUGAUGUUCCGGGCCACGAGGAGAACUCUCCUGAUCUACCUGAAUCCUACCCGUUUCCAUCGCUGCAAACUCUUGGCGAAGACCUCAUUACGGUGCUGGACUUCUUACACGUGAAAUAUGCCGUGGGGCUCGGGGAGGGCGCUGGUGCGAAUAUCCUCGCUCGAUGCGGACUGGCCCAUCCGCGCCGUCUCCUCGGUCUGAUCCUUGUCAAUUGCACUGGAUCUACUUCAUCUGUUGCCGAUGCGUUCCGUACGAGGUUCUCUCGCUGGAGAGGAACUAAUUUCUCCCAGUCGGAGGAAGAUUUUCUCAUCUAUCAUAAGUUCGGACACCAAAUCACGAGCGAUUCUACGGAGUCUGGGGAGCGAGAGCGCGAACGCAUGCUUUCGGAGUACCGCUCGCGUCUUCGCGGGAACUUGAACACGCACAACAUAAAGCAGUACGUGCGCGCUUUCAUCAAUCGCAAAGACCUAAUCCUUAAAGGCUGUCAACCGGACAUACUUCUGAUCACGGGCAUGUUAAGUCCAUACGCCAGUGUGGUGGAGAAGAUGUACAAGGAACUCGAUAAGGACAGGGUCACUAUACUCAAAGUGGAGCGAGCUGGUGAUGUUCUGUCUGAAGCUCCGGCGAAAGUAGCACAAUCGUUACUCCUGUUCUGUCAAGGUCAAAGUCAAUUGACGUCAUUACCUCCACCGGGAGUCGAACGGCGAAUGUCACGUGGGAUGUCAAUGGAGGAGUACGACAAGCCAAACAUAAGAAGGUUGUCUCUUACUCCGAGUCUCGCAGAAUCACCUCCGCUGAGGAAAUUGUAAGAUAUAGCUGGAUAAUUUAUAUCUAUAAAUAUGUUUUCAUUUAUUUUUCAUUGUAAUUUUUAUUACCUGUAUAUCGAAAUAUGAGGACCAUC